ACAAAAUAGGUGCUCUGGGAAUGAGAGAGUUGCUGGCAGCCUCGCCGGUGUAAGUGUAAACAAACAUGGUGGUGCCCAUAAGCAGGGUAGCCUCACGCGGGGUUGUCUUCACUCGGGAACUGCGGCACCCUUACACUACACUGCUUUUGGUGGUGAAGGAUACACCAUGCUGGACCGCCGCCGCUUCCGCCAGCUACCACAGUCGUCCCUUGGGGGUGCACGGGGGAGGGGGCGUGAGGCAGACAUAUCCCCGCCCCCACCCACACCCACUCCUACGGUCUGCCCAUGCCAUAAGUGUCCGCGCCGCCCUUCUGUCUCCCUGCGGCACGCCAGCCCACCGCCACCUCAGCUCUUUCACUGACGUAUUCAAAAGUGUUUUCACAGUCAAGGCCUCAUCAGCAGACACUGACGUCAGUGGUGGUGUGGACAGUGUUGGUGGUGUUGUGGAGUCCCCUGUUGUGGCUGCAGGUGUGGAUAGCAGUGUUGGUGGUGCAGGUGUGGCUGACCUCUCCACAUCUGUGCCUCCUCCUCCAGCUACACCUCCUCUGUCUAUUCAGGCUACUUCUGAGGCAGUGGAGUACAUUCCCCUGCCCCCGGUGCCCCCUGAAGCAGUAGAGGUGCCCCUGACCGCCCUAGGAGAGCCCACCUUCUCCAGCCUGGGUCUUGGUGGCUGGACUCCCAUUGGCAUCAUGCAGAACUGUUUAGAAUUCUUACAUGUCAGUGGUAGUCUUCCAUGGUGGGCUACUAUUGCUAUUGCCACAGUCAUCCUGCGUACCCUCAUCUUCCCUCUGGUGGUCAUAUCGCAGAGAAAUGCGGCCAAAAUGAACAACUAUAUGCCACAGUUGCAAGUCCUACAGAUGAAGAUGAGUGAGGCUAGAAACACUGGAGAUCAGAUUAAUGCGGCGAGAUACAGUCAGGAACUGGUCACGUUUAUGAAGGAGAAGCAGUUGAGUCCGCUGCGUAAUAUUGUCGUGCCUUUUGCUCAGGCACCAAUCUUCAUCUCCAUGUUUAUCGGGCUACGUCGCAUGGCCAACCUCCCACUGGACAGCCUGAAGGAAGGUGGCCUGGCCUGGUUCAUGGACCUCACACUGGCCGAUCCAUACUACCUCCUGCCCAUCAUUACCUCCUGCACCAUGCUGGCCACUAUUGAGCUUGGCACUGACGGGGCACGGCUGAGCUCACAGAACAUGCAGGCAAUGAAGUAUGUGCUGAGAGGACUUCCCUUUGUCAUCUUCCCCUUCACUAUGAACUUCCCUGCUGCCAUCUUGUGUUACUGGGUGUCCACAAAUAUGUUCUCUCUGGUGCAAGUUGGGUUCCUGCGAGUGCCAGCCAUCAGAGAUUACUUCCAGAUCGACCCCCUCAUCAAACACAAGCCAGAGACACUGCCACAGAAGAAGAAAGGAGCAGUAGAGGGGUUCAAGGACUCUUGGAAGAAUAUGAAGAUAGCAAGAGAGAUUGAGGAGAGACACAAAUAUGACGAAAUAAGGUUCAAGAAGGCUGGCACAGGACCCAUCGUGAGGACCUACAGACACGACCCAACCAAGAAGAUCAUCAAUGUACAAGCCAAGGUGAAGAAGUGAGGUGCUGCGGAUGUGCUGAGGAUGUGAGGGAGAACCAAGGAAUGUGAGGCAUUAUACAGCACUGAUGGAGGCUGUCUGACGGAGGUAGUGAAAGAAAGCUAAGUGAAGCAAGGUGUCCACAUGGAGAAGGAAAGUAUGAAGGAAAGCUAGGAGGAAAGUGUCUGAAGGGGGAAGGAAAAAUUAAGGGAAACUAGGAGGAAAAUGAAAGGAAAGCUAAAUGAAGGAAGAUGGGAGCUGAAGGGAAAAAUGAAGCAGGUAAGGAAAACUGGAGAGAGGGAAAAGAUGAGGGCACUGGGAGAAAAAUCAACUACUAAACUGAACACAACACUUGAGAAACAUUAUUAUUGGUUAUUUUUCUGAUGUCCAUUUUAUUCUCUCCCUUGAAAGUGAACCUGGAUUUGGUAGGGAAUUUUUAUGUUCUGAACUAACAGUUGACUUGGCUCAGUGUGAUAGAUAAAGGUGAAUUUUCUAGUAUCUGUGAAGGUUGAGAGGCUGUGGAGGAGUUUGGGUCAUCCACACAGCACUGCACAGAGAAUGUGUGUGUGUGUGUGGCAAUAGUUGACUCGCCAUACGUUCGUUGUUUCUGAGUAAAUGUUAUACAGGUGACUCCUUACUUGACGAAGCAGUUUUCCUAUCUAUAUUUAUAACAAAAGUAACUCUCUCUCUCUCUCUCUCUCUCUCUCUCUCUCUCUCUCUCUCUCUCUCUCUCUCUCUCUCUCUCUCUCUCUCUCUCUCUCUCUCUCUCUCUCUCUCUCUGUGACUGUGUGUUACAUGUGAGUGUGUCCGGUGUGUUACAAAUGCAGUGUACAUAAUAUAAAUACUGUGCUAAGUUUGUCGCUCUUUGAUUGUAAUUGAAUGAUAAAAACCAA